GCAAGAUAUGAGUAUGCUCUAUAUUCUCUCUAGCCCUAAUUCGCGAACUACUCCGUCUAUUGGCUUGAAGCCAGUGCGGCAUCGAUGCCGCCGGCGGAAGGAAUCGGCCAGGUGACUUCGCAGGCAAAGAACUCAUACGCAGCGGUGGUAAGGGAUGAUAUCCCCGGCCAUCGAUUGCACACUCAGCCCUGCUCCUUUUCCGACGCGGGUGACUUGGGGUUGUCUGGAAGCUUCAGGGGUUUCCCGUUGAUUUCCUUCACUGACGAUGACUUGCAGGUUCUCUCCCACCCUUUCCGAUUUGCUCUGAAUGGUACUUUUCCUUUCGCUCGCCCCCCCUCCCUGCGAUUCGUAAGGCUUUUCAAAGGUUAGGGUUUUUACAGAGUUAUUCUGUGGGGUUGCUUCACUCGAACAUUAUUCUGAUUAAUUUCCAGUCAGAUCUGGAUUUUCAAAAAUUUUGGGGAAAAAAGUUUGGGAUUUCUUUGGGUACCGGAUGAUGGUAACCAGAUGGACGCCCAACUUCUCCGUCGAACGGGACUCUCCCCUAGCCCCUAUCUGGAUCUCCCUUGACGGACUCCCAGUACACCUUCAUGACUUAAAGAGCCUUGAAAGCUAUCACUAAGCUCUUUGGUAAACCGAUAAGAAUUGAUACCCCAACUGCCCACUUCUCCAGACCUUCUACUGCCAGGUUGUGUAUUGAAUUGGACGUCUCACUUGAUCUCCCCCAAAAAAUUUGGAUUGGCAAUGGUCCUUCCGGGUUUUUUUUCUUCAGAAAAUUGUGUAUGAAAACCUACCUAUUUUCUGUAAAAAAAAUGCUCUCGGUUUGGCCACAGUGCUACAGAAUGCCCCAAAGAUUUGAUACCAAAUCAACAGGUUGUGGUCACAAACUCUUGUGCCCCUGUACUUGGAAUGGAAUCUGAUGCUGGUGUCCCUAAGACUGUUAUUGACUCUGCUAGAGUCUCAAAGGUUGUGUGUGUUAUGGAUUCUGAUAAGGUCCCACAGGUUGAUGUUUUUGCUGUCCCCAAUUCUCAUAAACACACUGUUUGUUUUGAUAUGCUUUAUGGCAGACCCUUACUGGCCCAGGCAAACUCUGAUUAUGCAAGUGCCAUCCCUGCUAGUGAUGCUGCCAAUACCCUGGGAGCUUCUCUUAUUGAUGAUAUUGUCCCUAACAAUAACAAGGCAGUUUCCGUUUCUGAUGCUCUUGUUACUGCCAAUAACCAGGCAGUUUCUUUUGUUGAUGUUAUAGUCCCUAAAAAUGCUGCUAUUGCUGCUCCUUUAAAGGACCAUUCAGAAUAUGAAAAUGUAGUAGCUUCCCAUGCUAGUGCCACUCCUUUAAAGGACCAUUCAGAUUCUGAAAAUGUAGUAGCUUCCCAUGCUACUGCCACUCCUUUAAAGGACCAUUCAGAUUCUGAAAAUGCAGUAGCUUCCCAUGCUACUGAAGCCACUAUGGAAGCCCAAACAAUUUAUUCUAUUGAUGUUCCCAUACCUGAAUGCGAAGCUGCUGUCCCUAGUAUACCUUAUGAUGUAGUUUCUGUUACUGCUAAAGUUAAUGCUGCUGAGGCGCCUACUUGUGCUAAAGACCAGGCCUCAGGUCCUAUUAUGUUAAGUUCACACCCCAUCGAGGCCCCAAACGCUGCUAAUCAUACUGUCCAACAUCCUUUGACUACGGAUUCUGGUUCAUUUGAUGCUGAAUACCACACUGAUGCCCCUAUGGAUGCUACAAUUUGUGCUGAGGUUUUUGUCCAACAUUUAGUGGCUCUAGAUGAAACCCCGGUGGCCACCCUUAACGUGGCGGUAACCGAGGGAAUUCAUCAACUGUCCCGACCUGGAAAUGAUGAGAUCAUCUCUAAUCCGCAACAUGAGAUUGCAGUUACUAAACUUGUCCCAAACAUGUCCAGUGAUGAAAUUAUUUCUGAGGACACCCAAAUGAGAACUUUUUCUAUUUCAGGUCAUGCAGAUAAUCUUACAAUCGAAGAGGAAAAACUUGAAGGAUUUACACAGGUACAACGAAGAAGAAGCAGAAAUUCAAUCUCAAAAAUACCACCAAAUGAAGACACGGAAGAAGUUCAACUAUACUACGAGGUGGGAUAUAGAUCUCAUCCCAUGAUCACUCGAAGGCAUUCAAAAAGACCUCAGAACGAAACAACCUACUUUCUCUACCGAGUUGACGAAAGGUUUGACUCACCGCAAAAACUAGCGGCAGCUCUACAGCGAUUCAAGUUAUCUCGUCUAGAGGAAACAACAUACAUGCCUUGUCUCAAGAAUGCCAUAAGAUUUCACAACAAAUAUAAUAGAUCAAUUGCUGCUUCACUGGGGAUCCCCUCUAAAAAUUUCAACUGUUGAUGUUCUUCUUUUUUCUUCGGCUUCACGUUCUUUUUCAUUUUCAUGCAAUGUAACCUCAACUUUCUUGUACUCAAAUAUUUAUUAAUAAAUUAGGAAGGUGUUCCCCGGCAUCUUCCCCAUCAUGUGUGGUUUGAACCGGGAAAAAAACUAAUGUCAAGAUGUUAACUA